CAUUAAAAAAUAAUUAAGAUAGAUUCUCAUUAUUAUUUUAUUUAAAAAUAUAGGCCUAUAUCCUUACUGGUUUUGUUUUUAUCUAAAACAAUCAAACUGAGAUGUAAAUUUUUCUGUUGGAAAAAUCUCACGAACGUAAACACGCGAAGUUUUUAAUAGCCAGGCAAUGUUUUCGUUUUGUUUUCGCUGAAGAAGUCCCAAGGCCAAGAUCAUGACAAUUCACUGUACAAGAUGGCUGCUUACCUGUCUAUCUCCAUGACGAUGGCUUCGAAUGAUGUUCUUUGAGUUUUUCCUUUAAAUUUUCAACGUUGCAUUCGAUCAACAAGACGCCAUUUUAAUCAUUUUGUGAGCUGAAGGGCUCCUCUCGUUGAGUCAAGGUGGGUGCCAUGGCCAGCAAAACGCCCGGGGAAGGCGAUGCGUCAGCUGCCAGUAGCGACGCGCCUGCUUCUUCUUCUUCUUCUGCUCCUGUGCAGGCAGACGGACCGGGAGUCUACUCAGACCCAAAGCGGUCCAACCAACUGCUGCGGUCUGCUGGCCUGUGCUUCAAGGACAGGCUGUACACGGAUGUCACGGUGGUCGUGGACGAGACGCGCUUUGACACGCAUCGGCUGGUCCUCGCUUCUUUGUCCGACUUCUUCCCUCCCUUGUUCAAGCUGGACCAGACAAACAGCGGGGAGGUGACGCUGCACGAGGUAUCGGCCCAGGACUUUGCCGUGCUGCUCCGGUUCGCCUACACGGGAGAGAUCUCUCUGACCAAUGACAACGUCCAGGGGAUUCUGAUGGCUGCCGACUACCUCAGCAUCGGCUUUGUGAGGGAAGCCUGCGAGCUCUUCAUGGCCCAGAAUCUGGACUGCGACAACGUCUGCGAUGCGCUCAGAUUUGCCGUCAACUACUCUCUGCCUCACCUGCAGAAUGGAGCGGAGGGGUUCUUGUGCAACGACCUAGAUACUGUGUCAAAGACGCCAGGGUUUCUCGAGAUGGACCCGGAUUUUCUCGCGUCUUUUUUCGACAAGGACGAUUUGGUGCUGUAUGGAGGAGUGGUUCUCAAAUCUGUGGAUCGCGAGGAGUUGGUGUUUAAAGCUGUGCUGAGGUUUUUGUCUCAGAUUCCUGCGCCCGACCCUGCUGUGUUUGAGCGCCUGAUACAGACCGUCAGACUUCCGGUGCUCUCCAAGGAAACCAUGAAAAUAUGUGCGAAAAAAUUCAAGAAUAUCGAAAAGAAUGAGAUUCUGAAGCGCUACAUGAAGAUGUGGGAAGUGGCGACUCGCUACAUUCACGACCAGAAACAAGACUACUCGCUGACGGAGCCUAUCGGGCAAGACGUAGAGGGGAUCCCCGUGCCGUGGCUCCACCCCAGAAGACUGGCAGCGUUCUCCAUCAGUGCGGGGUCCACUCGGUACGCGGCCGGGGGUCAGGUCGCGCGCUGCAGCAACCCGCCGCAGUACCUCUACAACGACCCCAACUUGGAGAUCAGCCAGAUCGACGUGUGGAUCCGCCGCUGGGACGGCCGGCCUGUGAUUGGUGGGCUGGCCGUGAAGUACCGCAAGCCGCUGGACGACAGCCGAGGCGACCUUGAGUACAGGCGGGGCAGCAUGUACGACCGCUGGGAGCGCCACCACAUGGUGUUGCAGCCGCGCGAGUACAUCGUCAAGGUGAUCGUGGGCAGCGGCUACCUCAUCGACCGGCUGGGCUUUGUCACCAGCUCAGGGCGCACACUGGGCCCGUUUGGCGGUCCGGGCGGCGGGAAGCACAUCGAGAGGGCACCCAAGGGGGCCAUGUCCUAUCUGCACGACAUCAACUGUGACACGGUGACCACACAGGGGGCCGGCGCCAUCUACAACAUGAUGCUGCGCUGGAUCACUCAUUUCUCUCUUCUGACCAAACAAAACGCAGCAAUUCCGUGCGUUGACUCUCCCGACUCUCCCGACUCUCCCGACUCUCCCGACUCUCCCGACUCUCCCGACUCUACCGACUCUCCCGAUUUAUUGAUUUCAGGAAAACUGCCCCCGUGGGAUUAG